CUCGAUUGCGAUUUGCCCUCGUCCCCAAGCAACGUUCAAACACGACCAAACCGAAGACGCCAUUCCACUCUUCUUCUAGUUCCGUCCCGAUCCUGCCAACACCGAAGCUCCAUAUUACGAUGCCUACAGUCAGUGUAAAAUGGCAAAAGGAGGUGUUUCCUGCAGUGGAAAUAGAUACCACCCAGCCUCCGUAUGUCUUCAAAUGCCAGUUGUUCGACUUGACAGGGGUACCACCAGAGAGGCAAAAAAUUAUGGUCAAGGGUGGUCUAUUGAAGGACGAUGCUGAUUGGUCCGAAGUUGGAGUUAAAGAGGGACAAAGGUUAAUGAUGAUGGGUACUGCUGAUGAAAUUGUCAAGGCCCCUGAAAAAAGCACUGUCUUUGUUGAAGAUAUGCCAGAAGAGGAGCAAGUUAUUAAUGUGGGUCAUUCUGCUGGCUUAUUUAAUCUUGGAAAUACAUGCUAUAUGAACUCCACAGUUCAAUGCCUUCAUUCUGUUCCAGAGCUGAAAUCUGCUCUGAUGCAGUACCCCUAUGUGGACAGGAGAACUGAUUUGGACAGCUCAUCCAAUCUUCUGACAGUUGCAACCCGAGAUUUAUUUAAUGAACUUGAUAAAAACAUUAAACCAGUGUCUCCAGUGCAGUUCUGGACGGUAUUACGUAAGAAAUAUCCUCAGUUUGGCCAGCUCAGCAAUGGUGUCUUCAUGCAGCAGGAUGCUGAAGAGUGUUGGACACAAAUUCUCUACACCCUUUCCCAGUCUCUUAAAACCCCGGGAUCCAGUGAUACUUCCGAUACAGUGAAAGACAUUUUUGGCAUUGAUCUUGUCAGUAGGGUUCACUGUGCAGAAAGUGGUGAAGAAAGUUCAGAGACUGAAUCAGUUUAUUCCCUUAAAUGCCACAUCUCACAGGAGGUGAACCAUUUGCAUGAAGGAUUGAAACGUGGCCUGAAAUCAGAACUGGAGAAAUCUUCUCCAACUUUAGGUCGUAGUGCACUUUACCUCAAAGAUUCUCGAAUCAAUGGUUUGCCAAGAUACUUGACCAUUCAGUUUGUUCGAUUUUUCUGGAAAAGGGAAUCAAAUCAAAAAGCAAAGAUUUUACGGAAAGUAGAUUAUCCGUUGGAAUUGGAUGUCUUUGACUUGUGUUCAGACGAUUUACGUAAGAGAUUGGAAGUUCCUCGUAAGGCUUUAAGAGACGAGGAGGGUAAGAAAUUUGGUUUAAAAGCAAGUGGGGAGGGCUCGAGUUCAAAAGACAAUGAUGUCAAGAUGGUUGAUGCAGAUGAAUCCUCCAGUGCAAGUGGAGAGUCAUCAUCAAAGUCUGCACCACAAGAAGGUGCAAUGUCUGCAAAGGAACAACAAUUGACUGGUGUAUAUGAUUUAGUUGCUGUGCUAACUCAUAAGGGAAGAAGUGCAGACUCUGGGCAUUAUGUUGCCUGGGUCAAACAAGAAAAUGGAAAAUGGAUUCAAUUUGAUGAUGACAAUCCAACACUACAGCGUGAGGAAGACAUUACUAAACUUUCUGGAGGAGGUGAUUGGCAUAUGGCAUACAUUUGCAUGUACAAGGCUCGAUUCGCUCCUGUGUAAUGUUUUUUCCCUUCACGGUUUUGUGAUUUGGUAGUUUUUACAAUCCAUUUUAGAUUGUUCAAUUUUAUUAAGUUGGCCACUUGCUACUAGUUUCAUACAUCAAUUUAAGCUUUGCUGCUUUAUCACAUAAUCAUUACCUAUGUAUUAUGUACGAAAAAUUAUAUACUCCGUAUAUAUUUGUCAGGACAACAAGCAUUGAAAAAGUUUUGCUAGAGGUUCAAUAUGGCAAUGACUAGUACCAAAAUUAAUGCUUUACUAUUCAAUCC